AUGACUCAUUGCCAUUGCCAUGAUGAAAAGGAAAAUGAUACAGUAACUCUGGAAUUGGAAGACAUUAUAUUAGAAACUGAUCAAGAUGGAGAUUAUGAGAACGAGAUAAAUGCCAAUCUGGGAACUUUUGAACGUGAAGAACAAAAUGAAAUUGCUGUCAAAGUUGUCAUUGGUGGUCUUAUGCAGGAACUUUCCAGCAAUUUAUCCCCUAGAGAUUUGCUUCAAGUUCCUGCUAAGCUGGAGAUGAAGGAGCGUGGUUCAUUUUCUUUUACUGUUGAAAAUGAAGUCAAUCAGCAGGAUGGUCAUGUCAAAGGGAAAUCUUCAUCAGAUAAAUCAAUUAAGUUUCAAAGUCGUCGCAGAGUUGAUCAUGUUAUUUCUGACAUUGCUAAAUUAAUUGGCAAGGAAAAUGUACCUGCAAAGGUGUUGAAAGAGUUUGGAGAAUUAAUAAGUCUCACUCAAAGUCAGGCUCAAAAUCAUCAACCAUUAUCCGGGUCUACGAUUUUCAAACGCAUUGAAAUACCAUCUUCAUUUGAUCCUCUAAACGGCUUAUAUAUUGAAACAUGUGGUCUUUACUCCUCUGAAGUUAUUGAAAUGAGAUAUAGAUAUGGUCAACGGCAAGAAGAUGGUAGUGCGAAGGCGACUUCAGAUCUCGAGUUUUAUGAGUAUGUAGAGGCCUUGAAAAUAACCGGGGAUCCUUAUGUACCAGCUGGCCAGGUGGCAUUUCGUGCAAAAGUUGGAAAGAUGUAUCAACUUCCACAUAAAGGGAUAAUUCCUGAAGAAUUUAGAGUGAUUGGUCGCUAUAAAAGUGAAGAAAAACGGCAACGCCGACAACGUAGCUUAACGGCAACCACAUAA